UUCAUUUUUGAAGUCCUACGCAUUAGCGCCUUACAAGAUGGCUGGCGGAAGUUAUGUUAAAUAAGGGGGAACAAAAGUUUAUACAACUUUAUCGCUAAGUCAUAAUAGAUUAAUAGAUUAAAUAGACUAAAGACAAUUACCUUAUAUUUUUCAAAUAACCAAGCCUAAAUGAAAUAAAAACAAUUUCCAUUAUCUGUGUUAUUGUGCUAAGUAUUUCUUCAAAUUUUCUUUUGGAACUUUGCAUUAUUACUUGACAUAAGUGAAGGGUAAUUUACAACAUAAUGACUGCCAUGGAUCAAGAAAAAUUCUACUACCGAGCCUCUUGCCUGUGUCACUUGUGACUCUAAAGUAUGAACUUCUUCUUAGAUAUUUUCUACCCUGAAAAACGAAGGCGAGAAAAAGAGCAAAGAGAACGGGAGCAGAAAGCAGCCGAGCAGGUUCAAGCUGGACCACAGCUUGUGAACCCAGCUUAUUUUUUUGACAAUAACCUUUACGUUCAUGGGGGUCUGGACUAUACCAGCGAUGGGUACAUGUCAUACGGAGGCAGAAGUCAUAGUCGACUUCGGCAUCCUUACGACAACAGCAUGGGCUACAACAGUGAUGGUUAUGUUUGCAACUUCAACGACAGGAUGGGCUACCCGAUAAAUGCCCCAUUUGAUGGUGGUGGGCAUAUGCCCAGGCUAGUGCCUAGGUGGAAACAGGGCAACAGUCAUCUUGGUAAAGGGGAUGGUGUGCCAAGCAGAAGUAGCAAUGAAAGGGCUUUCGGGUCUCAGACCAACAGUACAAGAGGAAGUGUACGGGAUGGUCGAACAAGAACAAGCCAGGGUAGCGGAUUCCCAGGCAUGUUUGGCAGGACAAGGUCAAGGACAUUGGUGUUUCCAUUCAGAAGAGAGCGCGGUUCCUUUUGGGGCACUUUUAGGCUAAAGUAUGACCCUAGGUUACUGGACGUUAAAGAUGAGAAAUCAUGGUGGAAAAUGGCUCAGUAUUACUGGAACAUCAAAGAAUUUUUAGCCAAGGCUAAAGAAGAGUUCCAACAGAAAUGGGACCAUCCACCUAAUAAACCCUCUCCUUUGAGUGCUUGCACUUUAGAUGAUUUUGACAGAAUCAAAACACUUGGAACCGGUUCAUUUGGUCGUGUGAUGCUAGUCCAACACAAAGGGGAAAAUAAAAGUUUCUAUGCUAUGAAAAUUCUAGACAAACAAAAGGUGGUAAAAUUAAAACAAGUUGAACACACACUCAAUGAGAAAAAGAUUUUGCAGUCAAUCAAUUUUCCUUUCUUGGUGAAACUAGAGUAUGCUUUUAAAGACAAUUCCAAUCUAUAUAUGGUGUUGGAGUUUGUCACUGGUGGUGAGAUGUUUUCACAUCUACGGAGGAUUGGCAGAUUCAGCGAGAGUCACUCCAGGUUCUAUGCAGCGCAAAUAAUUUUGAGCUUUGAAUACCUGCAUUAUCUGGAUCUUGUUUAUCGCGAUCUGAAACCAGAAAACUUGCUCAUAGAUCCCCAGGGGUACUGCAAAGUGACUGAUUUUGGCUUUGCAAAGCGCGUAAAAGGACGGACUUGGACACUGUGUGGCACCCCGGAAUAUCUAGCACCUGAAAUUAUUCUCAGCAAAGGCUACAACAAAGCUGUGGAUUGGUGGGCUCUUGGCGUUCUCAUCUAUGAAAUGGCUGCAGGCUAUCCACCUUUCUUUGCAGAUCAACCAAUUCAAAUUUAUGAGAAAAUUGUUUCAGGAAAGGUUCGCUUCCCGUCCCACUUUAGUUCUGACCUAAAAGACUUACUACGUAACUUGCUUCAAGUAGACUUGACUAAACGUUUUGGCAACCUGAAAAAUGGGGUAAAUGAUAUCAAAGGCCAUAAAUGGUUCUCUACUACAGAUUGGAUAGCUAUAUAUCAAAGGAAGGUAGAGGCUCCAUUUGUUCCCAAGACGAAAGGUGCAGGAGACACAGGAAACUUUGAUGACUACGAGGAAGAACCGCUUCGCAUUUCCUCCACAGAAAAAUGUGCCAAGGAAUUUGCAGAUUUUUGACGUAGUUUUCUUAAGUGGCUCAGUGAGCCAAGACUCUUAAAGAAAUCUUUUGGACUCUUCAGCACAGUCAUUGUAUAUGUCCACUGAUUGGUCAGCCUUGUGAAGAUGUCUUCUUCUGGCUGGAAUUAACAAAACUUGGUUCAUCACUAGUUAGGAGAGUGUCUGCAGAGACAUCAGAGAGGAUUGUGGUGUGCAUGUGUGCGCGUGAUCCAUCCAGCUUUUUGCAGCUGGACAUUUUAUUUAUUUAGGCAAAAUGUACAAGUAUUUGUGUUUCUACCUACAGUUGAUUACUUAGAUUGACGACUACACAAAGAAACUUAGCUCUUGGGUUGAAUAUUGAUUAUAUGGCCUUGCCUUCUGAAGCUGGACAAAUAUUAUUUCAUUGUAUGUGCUUAAAUGAGUCCAACAUUGUGAUGCCAGAGUAUUUCAUGAUUUGACUUGUGAUGGAUGCUUGUUAGGUGUUUGCAGGAAGUAUCUGUAGCCAGAGUAUAACAUAGUCAAAACAUUAUUUAUUUUAUACAUUAAAGAGAAAUAGUUUUUAUAUUUACUAAUACUGGAGAGGUAAAAAUCCUUGACCUAAAAAGCUUAGUUUAGACAUGCAGAGAGAGGUGUGGCUAAAUUUGAAGACUUGUCAUAUCUGUCCAACACAUUUUCAUGUUACAUGGUUUCUUUCAUUCUCUGCUCUUGCAAAAAUAACUUGUGUUUCAAUAACUAUGUUUGUUGCCUGCUUGGAUGAAUGCCUGAACUAAAUGUACUUCUGUGUUCUUCAGUAUGGGCACCCAUUGUUUCAAAUGAUACUUUAAUUUUUUAAGGCUUUUUGUGUUUCAUGAAUGUAGCACAGGGUGAGAGAUUUUAAUAAGUUGUUUUUUAAACAGAAAGUGUCACCAGUGUCAAACAUUUGUAAAAGAAUUUAUAAAAGGCCUAUGAUUGCGCUGAAAUCUGGCCAUACAUAAUUCUGUACAGUCAUCAUUUUGUGUUGUUGAAAGUGUACUAGUUGUAAUGACCAGAGGACUUUUUUUUUUUUUUUUUUCAUAUUUAACUCUGCAUGUGAUUAUUUGUGUGUAGGGCACCUUAUAUAAAGUAUCUCUGUGUCCAUUGAUUUAAGAUGUUCAAAUAUAACAUUAUUAAAAACUGCAUUAAAAAUGUUAAUAUCAAACCAUUUUCCAUAAGAUCACCAUUGUCCAUGGCAGGUAUUGAAGUACAAGUCACCAAAUCAAUGAUCAGAUGAAAGCAUGUUUCAUUUUAGUGCUAACAAAACAAAAUGUGCACCUUUUUUCUUACUCCUUAUAUUGGAACCUCUAUUCUUGUGAUUGUCCACCAAACAAAAGGAUUUAAUUCAAAUACAUACAUUUAACUAUUUCUCUUUGUUCCAUAUACUCUUUUCAUUUGACCCUUGCUGUUAGCAUGUAUUUAUACACAGCCCUGGAUAUUCAACAAGCUCCUCCCUCUAUCCCUUUUGAUCAUCUACAUGUCCUACUAUAAUAAGUACACCUAUUUUGUACUGGGGUAUGCUACAUGCAAACCAAUGUGUGAAUGGAUGUGUGUGCCUAUGGAACAGCUUUCUUGUAGUAGCUGUCUCUCUCUAUAUUCAUUGAAGCAAGCUAUAAUUGUUGUACAAAGAGUUUACAAAGCAAAAAACAAACUAAUUAUUACAUUUUGUCCUGAGCCACUAGGCCAGAUUUUACCGCUGAGUCAAGUGAAGAUGAAUUGUGCUGCAAUAUAAUUUUUCAAAUAUUUUUUUGUCUCCUGGGUGAUGACAGUGACUAGCUCUACAAAUUAACAUUUAUAAUUUUUGUUUUGUUUCGGUCACAUUUUAAUUUUAGCUUUGUUCUGUAGCCUUCUGGAAAUGUCUACCUCCCAGCAAAUCAUUUCAUUGGUAGUGAAUGUAUCCCAUCAUGCCAAGUCAGUAUCUAGAGCCAUUCAACUUGACUUGUAACUCCUUUCUAAAUGUCUUUCUCUAAAACUCUUUGAAUCUUCAGCUCUACCUCCCUCCCCCCCCCCCCCCCCUUUCCUUUUCCAUGAAAGGGCAACUUAACAGUCAGCACUGCUAGGAAAUGUAUUCUUGAAUCACUAAGUUUUUUAAUUGGAGUCCACUUCAGAGUGAUACAUUAGUGUGUGUAAGAGUGGUGGUACCUUAGAGAGUUGAUUUAAACAAAAAAAAGCCCCUCCCUUAACCCACUUGCAGUAAAUGGCAGUCUUAACUAAACAGUAUGUGAUACCUCGUGUAUUUAGUGGGUAUAACAUCAAUAUUUUUUUUUUCUGAAACUGUUCUAGCUUUAUAAUUUUGAAUUGUGUUUUUAAGUUAGAUCUGAUGUCAUUGGAUUCAAAUAAAAACAAGAAAUGAA